AUGAUCCAACCCGCCUUGGAGACGGCAGCCACCACCACCAGCAUCCCAUGUCCGGCGCCGUAUCCCUUUCGGCGUCGACGCGAGCUUGGCGCGACCGAGCUCGUGGUAUCGUAUUGCACGGCGCCCCUCGCCUGGCUGAAGGGCGCGGUGGACGACCUGACGUGCCUCGGGGCCAGCGUCUCCAGAGUCCACGUGGUGUGCAAAUGCGGGCGACGGCCGAAUGCAUCCGAAGUUCCGAGUGGAGCCACAGUCAGAUCGGCAAGGAACGUGGGCCGCAACGACCACACCUUCGCCGACUUUAUCGCGACCCGCUACGACACGCUCCCUGCGUCCAUCUUCUUUCUCAAGGACACCUCGGCGGGAGCCGCCUCCGGCCCUCGCAGCGGGAAAAAUACGCCCUUGCCCAUCCAUCUUGUUGGGUCUGAGCUGCAGGCGUCGAAGGAUGGUUUUGCAUGUGGCAGUGAGCCGCCCACUAACCUUGUGCCGCGCGAGCGCGCGCAGUCACUAUGGCACGCGGCGCACGAGGCGGACGAGUUUCGCUUGGUAGACUACCACCGAGAGCACGAGCAGAGCCGUCUCGCCGCGCAGAGCGCCCCCUUCAUCUCGCCGUCACGCCCACUGCGGCGGUUUGUGGAGACCACCUUCUCCCGCGCCGCGGCGAGCCACUUGGACUCCGCGCUCCAUCCACUGCGUCUCGUGUGCUACGGGGGCACCUUCGCCACAACCGCAACGAGCGUGCACCGUCAGUCGCGCAGAGACUGGCGCGCCCUGCGCAAUGCCCUCACGCGAGGCGACAACAUCGAGGAGGGGCACUACACGGAGCGGCUGUGGGCGGCGCUGCUGACGGCGCCCGCCUCAGCGGAAGACGCCGCCUCUGCUUUGCUCGGUGGCGCUGGAAGGGGAGGGCGCGACUUCCGCUUCGAUCGCACGAAGCCAAUCCGGUUCCUUUCUGGCGUGGCCUUGAGAGACUGUCUCCCUGGUCUUAUCUGGCAGCACAACCCGGCGGAGGAUUCUGAAAGGGCAUCCGUGCCCAUCGCCGCUGCUGUCGUCGGCGCUGCCCUCGGCGCUCUCGCGUUCGUCGCGAUCAAAGCGCGGCGACGCAUCUCGACGGGCGCGCCGGUUGCGCCAACGGCAUGCUCCAUUACGUCGUGGGGGGCAGCUCAUUAG